GAUAAACGAGAAUCAUGAACAGGCUACUUAGUGGGGAAAACACAAAGCCAGGCGCUUGUUCCAUCAGGACAGGGUGCAGCGCGUGAGAGUGGCAGCGGAUCAUCUGUGCUACUGAAAUGGAUGGAAAGUGAGGUUGUCCCUCGCUCUUCCUGAAACGUCAGCGCUUCCAGGGGAUUUUUCUUGGAAGAAAUUGUCUGGAUACAAGUCUUCAGGCUCUGUUGCGUGGCUUUUGAACAUUACUACGAUGAAAAACGUCGGCGCAAAAACGGAGCGUCGGUUCUAGCGAGUGGAGGGGGUUUGUCUUUGAGGGUGUGGAUGUAAUGUGUAUCUCCCGCGGGGACGCCGCCCUGCAAUCAGCAUCAUGACAACUCAAAACACGCUUCUGUGGCGUUUUCUUGCCCUGCUCAUAUUUGCUGUGUGGGAAUGCAGAGCGGUGUGUGUGGAUGCAAUUUCAGACACAGAGGCAGUGCUGGGGAAAACCAUAAAGCUUACCUGCAUCUCAUGUAUGAAGAGAGAGGAGAUCACUGCUCAGACUAAAGUGUACUGGUAUUACAAACCUGACCGCGAUGCCGUUCGCCAGGAGAUCUACCUACAUGAUGGCGUAGGGCAGGAUCUGGAGGGUCCAUGGAAAGGUCGUCUGUUGUGGAACGGCAGCAAAGACCUGCAGGACGUCUCCAUCAGCAUCGUCAAUGUCACGCUGAAUGACAGCGGCCUGUACGAGUGUGUGGUGCACCGCCAAUUUUCCUUCAACUCAUAUACUCCUUCCAAUGAGAAGACUGUCGAGAUUGAGCUGGUGGUGCGAGAGGAAGCAAGUGAAGAUCUCACAGCACUGUACUCAGAGAUCAUGAUGUAUGUUCUGCUGGUGUUCCUCACCUUCUGGCUGCUGGUUGAGAUGAUCUACUGCUAUAGAAAGAUCUCCAAAUCCGACGAGCAAGCGCAGGACAGUGCGACAGACUACCUAGCCAUUCCCUCUGAAAAUAAAGAGAACCCGCCGGGUCCUGCAGUAACGGAAUAAAAGUGGUUGUCUCACACACAAUACGGUUCUGACGAUUCCUUCUGGCUUAGAAAGAGGCUGAGGUUUGCAGGGACAGUGCCAGCGUGCGAGUAGCACUGACAUAACACGAAACCUGACAAAACAAAUCCCUGUCGGCUCGCUCCCAUAACGAGAAGCGAAUUCUCCGCUGCUUAAUUAUCAUCCCUGUCUUUCUCUCAGUGAAGUCGAGCGUUACGCCGGAGAGUAACGCUCGAGCAAAACGGGGUCAUGUCGGUGUUUCCACUAUUGUUUGCCUUAGAGGAGAUUCAAGAUUCUGAACAGUGGUCAGAAAUAAAAAGCUAGCACACUGCCUAUUUACAAAAACAACAACAAAACAUGACUUGAUGUUCGGCAUACUCAGAAAGCUUUUCAUGUUAUUUGAUAGAGUCUCGUUUUGAUAGAACAAAAUCAAUUUUUGAAAACUGUACUCCAAUAUCUUUUAAUCCAUUCUAUAAAAAGUGACUGUGUUACAUCCUAGGCUUCAGGGUUGGUUUCAGAACAGGCUAUUUUUGCCUUGUCAGAGCCCCUGAGUGGACGGGAUGAGAUGAUCGUUGUAGUCAGCUCGGCUCAUAUGACAGCUUUACGUGUACCGUUACGCUUUUGUGUGCGAAUGAACUUACCUGUGUUUACCACCCUACCCCUCAAGCUUCUCAUCUCAUGAGAUUUUUGAAAGUUGAGGUUGUGUACAUAUAACACGGCGUAUGUAACAAACUGCAUCAGUCCCUUUAGAGCCUUCAUAUCAACAGUGGUAAUGUUUACUAUAAACAUUUUAUGAAUUAUUGCUCAGUAACACACUGUAUUGACUCCGGAAACCUUUUACUGUUUAAUCACUACUAAUCUUACAGUUACUGUUGACUAGUUGCGUGUUAUAAUGUGGUUUUGUCUAGAUUAUGAGCAUUUUGUUUUAUUUGAUUGUUUUUUUUUUUUUUUUUACAUUUACAAGAGGACUCAAGCUAUCCUAAGCUAUCAAACUAAUACUCUAUACAUGAAUACCAAUUAGUGUGGUCGUGUGAACGUAACCUAAAUAGCUAGUGAAUGCAAUAUCGGUUCCUAUAGGCAUACUUUUACAAUUAUGGCGAUGUGAAAAUGACUGUGUAUCUGCACUUUAUCCCCACUGGAACUGUUGACAAUGCCUUUUGCGCUCUUUUAUAUUUAUACACUGUCAGUACAAAGGACAAAUGUGACAUGUUUUCAAGCCCUGUCAGGGAAAAAUCGGUAUUUCUCUUGUAAAAGCUUGCCAUCUAUUAUUAAAGCGAAGCUGUGUAUUCUGGAA